GGGUAUCAAAUGCUAACACUAAGAGAUGUCACGACAAACACGUGUUUAAAAACAAAUGUCUUUUAUUCAGUACUACUGAUUAUAAACAUAGUGUGAUGUCAUGUGUUGUUAUUUUUCGACAAUAAUUAUUGUCAUCUCAAUUGAUCCCAUUAUAUGUGACAAUGAGUUUAAGUGAAUCACAGAAAGCAUUUGAAGAGUUGGUGUCUCGUAUGUCAUCACAUGAUUUGCCAAACUUUUAUCAAUGGAUUCAAUCAACUUAUCUGACAUCAGAUAGUUUGGAUGACAGACCUACCGAAGCUUAUGUUACACUCAAUCGUAUUGCUAAUGAUAUUAAGCUAAUGGUUCCCAUGUCUGGUGUGAUACCAUCCGAACCAAUGACUUUUCCCACUCUCGGACAGAACAGUGACUGCAAUGCUUUGAAUACCAUAUCAUUGGAUGCCUUUCUGUACGACGACUUAGAUAUUGAAGACAUGACUGACGAGGGAUUACUUGAACGAUAUUAUUGUUGCGAUUGUCUCUCACGUAAUAUACAAUCAUUAAAUUUGAUAUCACAUUCAGCGUCCAAAAAGAGAGUUGAGUUUAUAUACAAUGGUUUACUCAAAGAUAUAGAUUUUUCUAAUAAAACCAUUUUGGAUAUCGGGUCGCGUUUGGGAUCAAUACUCUAUGGGGCUUAUGUCUACACAAAUUGCAAACAUAUAAUUGGUGUGGAAAUGAAUGAAGAAUUAUGUUUAAUACAAAACAAAAUUAUUGAAAAAUACCAAAUGAAUGAUCGCAUUAAUGUUAUAUGCAAUGAUAUCAGUAGUUUACCACAAAUCGUGAGAAGCGCUGACAUCAUUGUUAUGAAUAAUGUAUUUGAGUUUUUCUUAAAUGACAGCAAACAAACUGACUGUUGGAUGUUUCUCUAUAAUCAUAUAAAGUCGGACACAUAUUUGAUAACUGUUCCCACUCUUGAAGAUAGUUUAAAUCAUUUGUCUCAGGUGACAAUUGAUUUGUCUAAAUGGGUCUCAAAAGUUGAUAUUAAAGACUCUGUGUUGUCGACAUCUAAAGCAGAUCACGAAGAGAUGUCAGAUAUAUGUUUAUAUCGUAUUAUCUAAUAUAAGAAGUCCUUUUUAUGGGUUUUUUUUAUUUACCGGUAAAUGUCUGACAGAUGUGUGCGAAAUUUAUUUUUUAUAUAUAUUUUUUGUAAUUAAAAUUAUUUGAAAUUACUUU